AUGUCUCUUCUUGUUUACUCUUCUAUUUUGGGGUUUCUCUCCAUACUCUCAAGUGCUAAAGGUUCUGAUGAGGGAUGGAUUACUGGCGCUCAUGCCACUUUCUAUGGAGGCAGUGAUGCUUCUGGCACAAUGGGUGGGGCUUGUGGGUAUGGCAACCUAUAUAGCCAGGGGUAUGGAACAAACACAACGGCAUUGAGCACAGCACUGUUUAACAAUGGGUUAACCUGCGGGGCUUGUUUCGAAAUUAUGUGCGUGAAUGACCCACAGUGGUGCUUGUCUGGCUCUAUUGUGGUCACUGCCACCAAUUUCUGCCCUCCAAACUAUGCCCUCCCGAAUAAUAACGGCGGGUGGUGUAACCCUCCCCUACAACAUUUCGACAUGUCUCAGCCUGCUUUCACACAGAUUGCUCAAUACGUAGCUGGGAUUAUCCCCGUUUCUUAUAGAAGAGUACCCUGCAUUAAACAGGGCGGAAUUAGAUUCACAAUCAACGGCAAUCCUUACUUCAACUUGGUCCUAAUCACAAACGUGGCGGGUGCUGGCGAUGUUUGCGCUGUUUCAAUCCAAGCAUCAAACACCGGGUGGCAAACGAUGUCCAGAAACUGGGGCCAGAACUGGGAGACCGACAAUUUCAUUGUCGGACAGAGCCUCUCUUUCAUCGUCACCACCAGCGAUGGGCGUUGCGUGGUUUCUUACAAUGUCGCCCCUUCCAAUUGGGCCUAUGGCCAAACCUUCAGUGGCGGCCAGUUCCAGUAGAACACUUUAUGCAUCGAUAUUGUACUUUCCUGUUAGCUGGAGGGGUAUAGCCUAAAACACUUCGGUGAGUCGUCGAUCCUGCUACAUGGAAUUAAGUGUUUUUUUUUUUUUUUUUUGCCUCUAUGGAAUUUUGUAGGAAGAAGUUUGGCAGUGAUGGGGUUGGAGUACAAUCCGCCGCUUCGUAGUACCCUGGAGUGUGGACUAUCGUUUUUUCAAUUGUAAAUUUGAGUUUCUCUCUAAUUCUGGGAUGGGUGUUAGUUUUGGUUAGGUUUGAAUGAAAUAAGCCUUUUUCGGAUGAGUGUGCAUGUGCUUUCUUUGUGGUGUCUGAGGACCUGCGGAACUUUGUUUGUAUAAACUUCCGGAGAUACGUCUGAAUAAAAUGUGUGUUUUGUUUUUCACUCUUAA